CUAGGUAAAUAAAUACCAUUCCAUGUAACAGAGAUCCCGUUGCAAAUACGGUUGUUAUUUAUAUAGUUGCGCUGGCAAUAAUUCUCCCUCGAGUCCCGUCUCUCGAGGCUCUGGAGCCUAGCAUUCUAUAGCAUAGCACGUUGUUUGUGUUGUGAGUAUAAUGUCAAUAUUGCUAUUACAAUACGAAAACUUCGAUCAAUCGAAACCGCUCCGUCUUUUAAAAUGUUAUCGAUUUAUUCAUUGAUAGAUAAGUUCGUGAAAAAUAAAUUAAUGAUUUUAAGAGUAUUCUAACACAAGUGUUUAUAAAUAUAUAAUAUUAUUAUUUUUAGAUGUUUGUCUUUUUUUACUAAUCUGUGUGAACCCCUUAUUGUCCUGUGUGAGUUACUAAUGACGUGUCGAUUCUAUCAGCUAUCAUUUUACCGAUCAUUUCGUUCAUAUAAAAAUUUCACUUUAACAUGCAAAAAUAUGAGAGAAAAACUAAACAACCAUUUUACUUGGUAACAAAUCUGUAUUGUCAAUAACUUACCCUAAGCACGGGGCGUGAAAGGAAGCAUCUAAAAGAUGUCACUGAGCGAAAUAUGGCGACGCCAUGUGUUAAAAGCAUGUAUCCCAGGAACGCAAGGAGAGGCCUUGAACCUAAUAACGAAGUUUAUGUCGGAGCAUGUAGUUAAAAAAUCGAAGAGAUAAGACUAAAGUAGUAAACUUAGUAAUAUGUUAACGCAUGCUUCCCAAAGAAAAAUCCGGUUAGUUUCAAAGUGUUAACCGCGAGAGGGCAUGAAGAGAAUCGCAUGACCAUAUAUCGAGAAAGACAAGCUCACCACCAAUGCCUGCUACAGAUGACCUGAUCAACGAGAUAGAAAAGUACAACGACAUCGGUGACAACAUUGACGAUGCGGUUGUGGAGUUGAUACCGGGAGUUCAGCCCACCGAAAGGCAACUAGAAAACGCCAUCAAGAACCGCGCCCAGCAACAGGAGGCCGCGAGGAAGGAGAAAGAGCGAAUGGAGGAGGCUGCAAGGCGGGAGAAAGAGAAGCAGGAGGAGGAGGCGCGGAAGGAAAAGGAGCGCCUAGAGGAAGAGGCGCGCAGGCCGCCGCCUCCUCCCGCUGCCACUCCCGCAGCACCAGCUGAGGCUCCUGCAGCUCCAGCUGAGACUCCUGCGGUCCCAGCCGAAACUCCCGCAGCCCCAGCUGAAACACCUGCCGAAUAAAGUCUUCAACCUUCUGUCACCACAUCAUACCACCCAUUUUUAACUACUUAAUUUUUAAUCGUUGACACGAACACAACACAACAUAAAUUAUACUCAAUAUUUCGGGUAGCUUUGUAAAUUUUAUAUUUUAAAAAUAAAUGAGAUGAACAUAGCUGAUGGAACGGCGUUUCGCUAGGCGAUACCUUAUACACUAUUCAAUAGCCCAAGUGGCUCGAAGCAUGCCCGCAAAUCAGAUUAACCUUAAUAAACGGCGUGAAAUGACUGAAUGCGCUGGUUUCCACAGACGAUCUGAUCAACGGUAAAGAGUUAUCCAACGAAAUCGAGACUGAAGUCGACGGAUUUCUCCGAGACCUGGGCCUGAUGGGGCAAUCGCCUUCCCGAUACUGCGAUCGUUGCACGCGCUGUAAUUGAAGACUCAACUCAUACUAACGCCUCAAUUCAUGUAUUUAAAAUCUAGUAAACAUUACCCAUUAACUUGCUUUAAAUAAAAAAAAGUAAAACACUACCACUUUCUAAGUUAUGAAAUAAACGCUUCCUUACAAAUUGCAUGAAAGCGUUGAUGUGACACGGACAUUUUGAGCAAAAGCUCAGGUUUUAAUGAGAGCGACGCAUGGCUUCGGAGUGAAAAGGAACGCGACAUGUAAGCAUUAUUUUAAUUAUUACUACUACACACGCUAUCUCGCAUAAUGUUGCCACUAAUUUGCUUUAAAACUUGACUUGAAGAGCGCGCGAAUUAAAUCAAUUGACAAUGUGCCUAUUGUUCCUUAGCUGGCAAAAUUUGUACCAAAGAGUUUUGUUUAUUUUCCUUUUAAACUGUAUAUAUGUAUAUUAUUAAUCAUGUAUAAACUUCAUCGAAAAAGUAUUUAGUAGUAUAAGUAUACUAUUGCCAGCAAGGACACGUUUUGUAACGUUCGUUUAUUAGGGGGACUAUACAAUUUUUGCUUUAUAUUAAGCAAUAAAAUAAUUUAUAAUAGUACGUUAAUUUUUCCGAUAAAAUAUUUAAUACGCACAUAUAUGCAGACGAACUUGUCGCCGAGAAGGAGAAAUACAAGGACAUCGGAGACGACCUCGACACCGCUUUCGUGGAGCUCAUCCUUAAGGAUUAAGUUCUCGAUGCCAAUCCACCACUUACGCCAAGGCUACGCCACCUGCCAGCGAUUCACACAAUAUCUGUAUAGACGUAUUUUACUUUAUAUUUUAUAUUGAUUUAAAGUAUUAUAAUCUAUAGUUUUAUGGCGGUAUUUAUUUUUUAUCUAUCUUAAUAAAUAAUUUAUUGUUUAUAUUUUCGUUUUAUUUUCCUUUACGCAUUCGAAAUUUAUGUUUAAAUUAAAUGAUUUCAUUAGAAUGUUACUAUAGUAUGUACUUACGUAAGUUUUUGCCUGUAACUUUAUAUUUGGUACCUGGUCCUGACAUUAGUGUUUUGUAAUAUUGACAGGCAUGUUGGAUUAGAAAGAGAAUUAUUUAAAUAUUCUCCUUUACUCGAAGAGGAAACAAGAUAUAAAUCGUGUU